AAACAAGAUGAGAAUCCCGCGCGAGAGUGAUACCAAUCCAACACAGUGAAACACACCCACGUCCCCAACCCACUCCCUCCUCAGUCCUAACCUUUCGUUCCAUUUAAUUUCACUCGCAUUUGGCAUUUCAUUUCGUCACCGAUCUCGAAUGGACGAAGCAGAGAGAGUGCACCACCCUCAGCCUCCGAAAUUAGGGUUUCCCCUCCCCGCCGGCGACGCCAAACUCCUCACCGGCCUCAGCACCAUCCUCGUCGCGUCCAUCCAAGAGGCCAAAGACCGUAUCUCGCAGAUCGAGUACGUCUUCUGCUCCCAGCUCUACCCCGACUUCCAGGCCAAACGACGCCGCAUCGACCAGCUCGAGCGCGACGCCGACGAGAGCAUGGCGCUGCACAAGAGCCUCCUCGAGUUGGUGCAGUCCAAGGACUCCGCGCUCAGGGAAUCCGAAGUGAGUCGAAACGCCGCGUUUUCCGAACUGGAGAGCUGCGAGAACGAGAAGGCGCUUCUGUCCGCGAGAGUCCACGAGUUGGAGGAGAAAUUGCGAGAAAUUCAGGAGGCGGAGUCCGAGCGCGUUCAAGAGGAAGGGAAGCUACUCGAGCGCGUGGAGUCGCUGACGUGUGAGUUGCAGGCGGAGAAGGCGAAGAGGAAUCGGGUGACUGAAGCGUAUAAGAGGCUUAAGUCUCAGCAUGUUUACCUUCGCCGAAAGUUUGGUCUCGCUGAGGAGAAUGUGGCUCACCACAAGAAAUCGGAGUCUGGAAGUGAAUUCGGCACGCAUCAGAGUCCAAUCGUAGAACCUGAUCUUGCAUUUGAGAACCCAAAUAUGACUAUGGGUGCUUGUGAAGCAGCUGAAGUGAGGAACGAAAUCACAGAGGUAGACUUCGGAGGCCUUGAAAUGGAAAUUCCUGAUGUGUUCGUUUCUGCACAUGACAUAAAUGAAGUGAAGAAGACAUCUGAGGAUGACAGAGGAGUCAAUUUGAGUUCGUCUUCUGGUUUUCGAGAUGUCCCAAAAUGUCCAUCCAGUACAAAAUUAGUCCCUGUAUCUAGUACAAAGCGGCCUGCUUCUUCCUGGAGGCAUACCCGGUCCCAUCAAAGUCGAGUAGGACCUGACCCUCAUGACGAUUUUCUUGAUACUCCUCUAGAGAAUAUCAGAGGGAAUUUAAAUAAGGAUUUGAAUAAAGAGGACCUCUUACCCCUGGUUCAAAAAGACAUUAGCUUAGACGACUCAGAUGAUGAAACGCAGGAUGUAAAUGCCAAAAGCAGUCCUCAGAAGAAGCAAAAACAAUCUUCAAAUGAAGAUGACGAAACACAGGAUAUGAAUGUCAAAAGCAGUCCUCAGAAGAAGCAAAAGCAAUCUUCAAUUACAGUGACCAACAAAAGAAAUUUCAAGUACGUUGAACCAGUGAGGAAGAAAGCUGAGCGUGAAAAUUUAAAAGGAGUUGAAUGCAAACAAUGCAGGAAGUUCUAUGAUGCUGUUCUUCCUAAUGCUGAUGGCAAGGAUGCCGACAGCAGUAAGCAGAACUUCCGCUGUGAACACCUUGAUGGUGCUUCUAGGCAUCGAUAUAGGUAUGUUCCACCUAUGACUCCUGAAGGAUUUUGGAAUAUUGGAUUUGAAUCUGAAAUGUAAUUAGCUGGAUUACUAUUUGAUUUAUAAGUGGAUUCUGUAUCCAAUUAAAACUGGCCAAUUUCAGUUUAUUGGUAAAUCUAGAAAAAGGACUUUUAGGAACCUUGGCCAUUGGAUGUAUCAUCGGAUAUCUCAUCUCAUAAUGCAUUGAGGCAAAAAAAUUUCCUCCCUAGUUCAUACAGUGGGCAUGCUUAACCCGGCUUGGACGAACGCAUGUACUAAUUGUUGUAGUUGUAGAUACAUUUUUCCAACAAGCAAAUAAACUUUUUGUUCCCACUUCCCAUUUAUUAUAAAAAAUUAAUCCAUCGUA